GGGUACUCAACAGAGGGGCAGCUCCUUGCUUGCUCUAAGCUGACCUAGAGCGUUGGCCUUGCUGGGGGAUUGAGUCCGCCACAGACAGCCCCCAACCUCCCUCCACACCUGGCUAGACCAGGUUGGGCCCAGCUAGUGCCGGAGGAGACAGAAGUGAGCUUCCGGAGGCCUGGGAGUCCAGCGGAGCAGAAAAGGGAUGUGGUAGAGCAAAAGGACCUGUGCCUCUGACGGUUCUUUAGAUGUCAUGGCGCCCCCAGUACCGGAGCUCCAAGUUCCGCCACGUUUUUGGCAAACCGGCCAGCAAGGAGAACUGCUACGACUCUGUGCCCAUCACCCGCAGCGUUCAUGACAAUCACUUCUGUGCGGUGAACCCCCACUUCAUCGCAGUCGUCACUGAGUGUGCGGGUGGGGGGGCCUUCCUCGUCAUCCCCCUGCACCAGACAGGAAAGUUGGACCCCCACUACCCCAAGGUCUGCGGGCACAGAGGGAACAUCCUAGACAUCAAGUGGAACCCUUUUAAUGACUUCGAGAUCGCCUCCUGCUCUGAAGAUGCCACGAUCAAAAUCUGGGACAUCCCCAAGCAGCUGCUGACAAGGAACCUCACAGCCUACAGGAAGGAGCUGGUGGGCCAUGCACGCAGAGUGGGCCUGGUAGAGUGGCACCCCACUGCCGCCAACAUCCUCUUCAGCUCUGGCUACGACUACAAGGUGAUGAUCUGGAACCUGGAUACAAAGGACUCUGUCAUCAUGAGCCCCGUGAGAGCCAUCACCUGUCACCAAGAUGUGAUCCUGUCCAUGUCUUUCAACACCAACGGCAGCCUGCUGGCUACUGCCUGUAAAGACCGAAAGAUUCGGGUUAUUGAUCCCCGGCUUGGGAUGGUCCUGCAGGAAGCCAGCAACAAGGGGCACCGGGCCAGCAAGGUGCUGUUCCUGGGGAACCUGAAGAAGCUGCUGUCCACAGGCACGUCGCGCUGGAACAACCGGCAGAUGGCCCUGUGGGACCAGGAUGAUCUGUCGGUGCCCCUCACAGAGGAGGACUUGGACGGCUCCUCCGGCGUGCUGUUUCCCUUCUACGACCCGGACACCAACAUGCUCUAUGUGGUCGGAAAGGGGGAUGGGAACAUCCGCUACUACGAGGUGAGCACCGACAAACCUCACCUGACCUACCUGACCGAGUUCCGCUCCUACAACCCCCAGAAGGGGAUCGGUGUCAUGCCAAAGAGAGGUCUCGACGUGUCCUCCUGCGAGAUCUUCCGCUUCUACAAGCUGAUCACAACCAAAAGCCUCAUUGAGCCUGUAUCCAUGAUUGUGCCCCGGCGGUCGGAAUCCUACCAAGAGGACAUCUACCCACCGACAGCAGGGGCCCAGCCCUCCCUGACGGCUCACGAGUGGCUCAGUGGGAUGGACAGAGAGCCAGUCCUGGUGUCCCUCCGGCCCGGCUCCCAGUUGCGGAGCCCUCAGCCUCUGCCUCCCCAGAGACCCCUCUCCAGUGCUGCAGCCCCAGCUCCACUCCUGCCCUUGGACCCCACACCAAAGCAGGCUGCAGAGGACAGCCGGCGGCCCUGCUCCCUGCUGGAGGAGAAGGUGCCAAGGUGGGCAGUGGAGCACAGACUGGAGGAGAAGAAAUCCUGGCUCACCAACGGCUUCGACAUUUUCGAAUGCCCGCCACCAAAGACAGAGAAUGAGCUGCUGCAGAUGUUCUACCGGCAACAGGAGGAGAUCCGAAGGCUCCGGGAGCUGCUGACCCAGCGAGAGGUCGAGGCCAAGCAAUUAGAACUGGAGAUCAAAAACUUGCGGAUGGACUCUGGGCAGUUCUGAAUGAGGCCUCUGCUAUCCCCGCCCUCAGGGACACCGCUGGCCUUGUGGGGAGGUCCAGAACCAAGCCUCAAGUCCCCCUGAAACAACCACUAUUUCUAUAUUUUUUACCAGAAAACGAAACUCUCAGUCACUGAAAGAGAUUCCAGUGGGACGUGGUGCCGUUUUCUAUUUGCCUUCUUGCGACAGCAGUUCCUGCACUGACUCUGUUUUUAGAUGAUACUUUGCCUUCUGUUGAAUUCUGUCUCUGAGGGUCCACAAUGAGCUAUAACUUCUCAAGAGGAAAGAACACUGUAGAAAGUCUGAGCUGGAAGGAUCUGGGAGGUCAGCUGCCUGUGAUGUUCAAACUGUGCUCUAAGGAUGGGAGGACGACCUAGGCAGGAGCCCAUUCCAGCAGACGGCCCCUUCUGUCUGUUUCAUACACUGGCCUGCUGUGGAAUACAGAAAUCUGCCACUUACACAGAUUUCUAGAACUUUGAAA